AUAAGUACAUUUUUAAUUCAAACUCUUCCACGUAUUAAAAGCCUAGCUUUAAAUUAAAUAAAAAUCAAAGCAAAUUAAACGAAGGGGCACAGUUGUAGGGGCAUAGUUAAUAUACAUCAAAUUAUGUAAGAAUUUUGUUUAUAACAUCAAUAUCCAGAGUGGAAAAUGGGGACUACGUUACGUUACGUUACGUUAAAUUGCAUUUAUUUAAGAUCAACUAGGUUUUCCCGAGGGGCUACAUUAUGGGGUUCUUCAAAAAAGGAGUAAUGCCUCUGGUGUUGCAAGCGUCCAUAGGCUACGGUGACUGCUUACCAUCAGGCGGGCCGUAUGCUUGUUUGCCACCGUCGUGGUAUAAAAAAAAAACUAAGGGUCUAUAUUGUUAGUGACACGUUUAAUCUUACAACUACGGUUCGUAGGUACACAACUAUAUAUUUAUUUUUUUAAACAUAAUGUGGAGUACAAUGCAGUGGUUUAGGUAGGCCCUUAAUGAACCUACUCCUAUCUCAAGCAUCCUAUUGCGUUGAUUCACAGAAAGACAAAAUAAUUCUAAUGACUAUAUCACACAAGAUAAAGCCUUAGACAGAUAAAAAUGCAAUUAAUUCUAGUAUUUAAACAGAGGUUUAAGGUUUUAUCUCACAAAUUAACUUAGUUUACCCAUCAUGAAGAUUCUACUGGUACCAUGGGCGCUUCUUUUAUUUGGAGUCAGUCUGAAUUCAGGACACUACAUCCGCAAAGCUGAGGACGGGGAGUCCAGCGUAUACCAAGUCCAUGACGACUCGUCCGGCAUCACUUUCACCAACCCUAAGCAGGACAGGCGGACGCUGCGAGAGAUUUUGUAUUAUCACAUUAUCGAACGCCCUCGUAAUGAACCAGUAGCAACAGAACGCUCCUUCACCAACGGUCACGGUUACCAGUUCUUCGAUCUAGAACCAUUGCUAAAAGACUCAUACGACGACAAAUAUGAGGAAGAUGAUGGAAGCUAUGUAGAACAGACAGAGCAUGAAGAAAAAGAUCAGGAUGCUGAGGACAGCGAGAAACACGAAGAGGAUUUAAAAUUAACGACGACACAAACGCCGCUAACUGACCAAGCUGUGAAAGAAGCUUAUAAAGCCAGAAGCUAUCUUUUCGAUCAAGCGAGGCAACGAUACGCUGUAAAGCGAAUGGCUGUACCUGAACCUUCUUUGAAUAGAAGAAAACGACAAGCUGAAACGGAGUCCCCUGACCCUCCGAGCUUAGACAGCAAAGCUGCUUACAUACAACCAAAUACAUAUGGAAUGAAUCUCAACGGCGACGGCGGUUAUGUAUGGAACGUAAGUACCAGCAUAUCUGUCAGUCUCUGACUUCAGCUUCGACAGCAAAGCUGCUUACACACAACCAAAUA